AUGAAGCCCCUAAAUUAUCGACAGUAUAAUAUGAGCUUUGACUCAUUAGACAAGCCAAAAUUUUUCAUGUAGUUCUCUUAAUCCAAGCAUGAGUUAGGAAUUAUUUCAGAUGAUAGAUCUUGUUUUGGUGUGUUAAAUCUAACAGAUGGGAAAGUGAUAGGUGCAUUUUGUAGAUCUGCUAUUGGAAACGUAUUUGUAAACACAUAGAUAGUUCAAGAAUUCGCUUACAUUAAUUUUGUUAAAUAUUUAUCAGCGGAAUGA